AUGGAUCAGAUCAAAAUCAUCAGCGAUGAUUCUAACAAGGUCAAAUCAUCGGAGGAAGUUAAUGACACCAUUUUAUUUGGCAUAAAAUCGGAAGAAAUGAAUGGCACCAUUUUAUUUGACGAAUGGUUGACCAAUGAUCUUGAGAGUUUCCUAUCAAAAAAUGGUGAUUUUUUAUUCACCCCCAAGAUCAUAGAUCACGAUGUUUCACCUCUUGUAUCCUCUUCUAUGAACACCUCAUCAAUAUUUAAUAAGAUUAUUAAAUCUCAUAAAUCCGAUUCUCCUCUUUUCACAUCUAUUUCCACACCCGACUCUGCUAAAGGGGGUUUCCCUGGUAACUCUUCACAAUCAAUGAGACAUGGUUUGACGUCAUUUGUACCUGCGGUUACUAUUCCUGCGGAUGACCAACUUUCAUCGCCCAUUUGUCAACCAGAUUAUACGUCUGCUUUGAAUAUUCCUUGGGAGCCCGAUGAGAUUAAUAACCCAGAUUUUCUUUCCGAUAGUUCAUCUUCGCUUACUUCCGUUCUAGUGAAUAAUAGAACCGAUAUUUCAUCUAAUAGCCUUGUGACAACCAAGAUACUUCCUAUAAAUUCUCCUGCUAAGAUCGCAGCAACGUCACCUGCAGCAAGUACGCCCUCUACCUCUCUGUUAACCAAAACUACUGCUGAUAAUAGCCGUAAGCGUUCCGUUAAUGGUGUUGAAAAGGAUUCAAAAACUGUCCCCGAAGAAUUGGCUAUUAAACGCGCGAAAAAUACUGAUGCAGCUAGAAAAAGUCGUCUUCGUAAAGUUUUAAAAAUGGAAUCAUUAGAGAAGCAGGUAAACGAACUCAAGAUUGAAAAUAAAAAAUUUCAAACUCGCGUUGCUGUUUUGGAAAGUGAAAAGAAGGGAUUGAAAGAAAAGAAUAUUGAAAAAGAUAAUAGAAUCAGAUUGUUGGAAAAACAAUUAGUUGAAUCACAUGAAAGGUUAAUCAAUAUAUCGUAA